CACACACACACAGGACCCAGUGGGAUCAGUGAUGAAGCUAAACGACUAUUUGGAGACGGGCUGCAGCAAAGAAUUGUGUGAAGAAAUCGCAAAGGCCUGUGGGUUUAACACAUUGAAGAAAGCCAGAGAAGAACUGAUACCUGAGUUUGUCAAAGACUUCUUCAAAGAGAGGACGCCAUCAUUUUAUCGCAAAGGUGAUGUGGGGGACUGGAAGAACCAUUUCACCGUAGCCAUGAAUGAGCAGUUUGAUGCCGAGUACAAGAGGAGGAUGAGCAACUACAAAACCUCUUUCAAAUAUACUCUCUGGUAGCAUUCGACAUUCUUUACCAACCCACAUACAUUAUAAUAUAUUUUUGUACUCUCUCAUAUCGAUAACACUUUUUGCUCAGAAUAGAUUUUAAUUGAUUUGAUCUGUUUCUAUUUUCAUUUCAAUCAUCAUCAGCAUC